GAAGGGUAUAGAGCAGCAGCAGCAGCAGCAGCAGCAGCAGCAGCAGCAGGGACAGGUAUAAGAGAGAGGAAGAGGACCCCAGUAGCUUUACUCUUCAGAUACACGUCAAAGAUGAAAGUGCAGAUCCUGAAGGUGGCGGUGACGGUGGUGGUCCUGGCAGGCUUAGCUGCAGGAGACACGAAGGUGGUGACGCCCUACUCCUUCCCGGGCGUGGUGGUGGUCGGCCAGGCCCCUGCACGUGCUGUCUCUUACGUGCACCACACCGCUGCCGUGCCAUCCUUCAGAGCCUCAACACUUCACUAUACCGCGCCUCAAGCUGUGCAGUACGCCGUGCCCCAGGCUGUCCGUUACACCGCCCCAGCUGUACGUUAUCCCUUGGUGUACAGCGCGACCUACCAUCAACCUGCAGCUGCCGUUGUGAAGGUCAGCUAUGAUUUCGAUGAUGAUGAUGAUGAUGUGAGGCCCCUGACAUACACCGCGGGGUCUUCCUGGGACACAAGCCUCGAGGAUGAUGAUGAUGAUGAUAUGGUAGUCUCGCCCUAUGGAAGGUUCGACGAUGACCACUUUGAUAUUGAUGACCAUGAUGACCGUAAGUAGGCAGGCACGCAGGCAGGCAGACAGGCAGGCAGGCGUCCAGUGACCAGCGGUAACGCCAGCCUAAAUAUACUUGUGUAGUUUUUUAUACAAGUUUUUUUAGAUCACGAGAUAUCAAAUACACCUCUUUUAUCUA